AUGAAGAAAAAAAAAUUUCUAGUAAGAGGAUUAAAGAAAUAUGCUCUAAAACAGAACCAAGACAAAUCCAUAGGAAAAAAGAAAAUUGUCCUAUCCUUAGGAGCGACAAGAUGGAGCUGUUCUAAGCACAAGAAAGAAUGUUCUAAUGAAGAACAAAAAGGGAUUUUGAAAUCGAAAAAAAAGAACUUGUUUCAAUGGUGA